AUAGUUCCGCGAAUCGUGUUCUUAUCCAGUAAAAAGUGGAAACAACAUAUUCUCUGCCUCGGAUCCACGCAACUUUUAACCCUAGUCAGAUUCAACCUAACCACAGUUAACCUCACCCCUCCAGGAUUCUCCCACGUGGACAAAUCGACGAUCAGUAAAAUAUUCUUUUUUUAAAUUAUUCCAUCGCUUUAAUUCGUCCUCUCCCUAUAUCAGUCCCCUCUUCGUCACCCCUUAGCUAAAUCACACCAAAACCCUAAUCUCUCAAACCUUCUCUCAAACACAAAAUGGUUAACCCUAAAGUUUAUUUCGACAUGACCGUUGGCGACAAAGCCGCCGGCCGCAUCGUGAUGGAGCUUUACGCCGACACAGUCCCCGAGACGGCCGAGAACUUCCGUGCUCUCUGCACCGGCGAGAGAGGAAUCGGCAAAUCCGGAAAGCCACUCCACUACAAGGGCUCGGCUUUCCACCGCGUGAUCCCCAAGUUCAUGUGCCAAGGAGGAGAUUUCACCGCCGGGAACGGAACGGGAGGAGAGUCGAUCUACGGCAUGAAGUUCAAAGACGAGAACUUUGUCAAGAAGCACACCGGUCCGGGUAUUCUCUCCAUGGCUAACGCUGGUUCGAACACGAACGGAUCUCAGUUUUUCAUUUGCACUGAGAAGACAUCGUGGCUCGACGGGAAGCAUGUUGUGUUCGGUCAAGUUGUCGAAGGGAUGGAUGUCGUUAGAGACAUUGAGAAGGUUGGAUCUGACAGUGGAAGGACUUCUAAGAAGGUUGUGAUCGCUGACUGUGGUCAGCUUUAGAUCUGAUGAGGGGAAAAAGAGAGAGGUUGUUGAUCCAAUGGUAGCUUUGUGUUUUUUCUCUGUUGUGUUUUGUUUUUUGUUCUGGUUUUCUUGGGUUUUCUCUGUAUUUCUAUGGCUACCAUUGAAUAAUAAUGAUAAUGAUUAAUCUUAGUUA